AUGUUAAUAAAACACGGGGAAGACAUCGCACCGAACGGCGAACAGCAGUUCCCAUAUCCCGAUGGAAGCAUCGUUGUAAAGGAAGCAUACCGUCCGGAUAAGGAUUAUGUUGGACUCAUCGCGAUUAUGCGGAAGAAAGCAGGCGUGGACCCAGAACAUAAUGAUUGGGAGUUCAUCGAAUACACCCGAAACGCGUCAGAUGCUGAGUUCCGCGUCAUCGCCAAAGAUGGUGUGUGUUGGGGAUGCCACGCCCGAGUCGAAGACAUCGAUUAUGUUUUCACAGCACUUCAGUGA